AUGGGGAGACGGAGGUGUUGUCUCGUCGUGGUAACCCUGUGCGUCAAAGCGGAGCCGCUGUUAACUCUGCUCUGCGCGACUUUUGUCGCCAUGGCACCCGCACAACAUCACAACCACAGUUUGCGGAACGUCCCAGAAGAGGAGCUGAUGCCCCUGGCCGCCGCCUACGGGCUGGCGCUGGACAGCUACGCGACAGGAAACUGGACGGAAUCCAUCCGCUUCUUCGACCUGAGUCUGCGUUUGCAUCGGCUCGCGAGGGACAGCGCGAGGCACUGCGCGCUCCGCUGCGGGCGCGGGGAGCCGCCGCCGUUCGCGGCCGGCCCGGAGCUGCGCGCACGCUGGCAGCUCGUGCGGGAGGCGUCCUGCCAGAGGAGGUGCCGCGCGCGCCUCCCCGCGCUGCGGCUGCCGCCUCCCGGCGCGCGGCUCCGGGAGGAGUUCAGCAGCAGGGCUCCCUACAGAUACCUGCACUCCGCACACUCACACCUCAAUGACCUGCAGAGCGCCGUCCCGUGUGCCUACACCUUCCUCCAGAGGAACCCCGAGGACCAGGAGUUGCUCCAGUUAAUGCAGGAGUACAAGAAGGAGUACGACCUGAGUGGCUUCCUCAUCGACUACGAAGAGCAUCCUUAUGAGGCCUCCUUUGUGAGAGGAGUGAAACAGGUGGGUUUGGGGGAAUACAGCAACAGUGUGGAACAUCUGGAGGAAGCCCUGAGGCUCUACCUGCAGGAGUACCACCUCUGUCAGGCUGACUGUGAGGGCAUUGGUCACUUCCCAGCAGACAGGGACUUCUACACGGUCAUAGCUGAAGUCUAUGUGGAUAUAUUAAAGUGCCAGCUGAAGUGUGAGAAAAACCUGAUGCCAAAUGUUGGUGGAUACUUUGUGGAAAACUUUCUCCCAACCAUUUACCACUACCUCCAGUAUGCCUAUUACAAAUUGAACGAUGGCCGCAGGGCGGUGCCCUGUGCGUACAGCUAUUCCCUGUUCGAUCCCGAAGACCAGCUCAUGAAGCAGAACCUGCUCUACUACAAAGUCUACAGUCAACAAUGGGGUCUUCAGUCUGGUCACUUCAAGCCCAGAGUGGAGGCUUUCAAACUCUACAACCAGACGAUGGCUCAAAAGGAGAUGCUGACACUUACAGAAAUGUAUUUGGAGCUGAACGAUGAGGAUAUUUCUGGACCAGAACAAGUUGCAGUCAUGGCUUCUGAGUCCCCGGAUGCAGAAUUUGAAGGUGUGGGAGACUAUGAGGAGUCCAUCCGUGCUGACUGGAGCCAGACGAAGGGAAAAGGAGAUGCUGGAAAGUCAGACAUCUGA